CGUGAGAUCAUGGAUGUGGAGCUGCAUUGAUGUUGCACACUCGAGUAUGAUAAGACAAAUUGGGCUGUAUACGAAAGCUCAUACUGAGCAGCCUGACUCUGAUCAAGUCACAGACUCAAUGGAGACAUGGUUCAAGAGAGAUGGAGCGGUCAACAGCAACAACUUCAUCAAAGGACAAGACAAAAGUAGGAAUGAAAAUGGUUUGUCAUAAGAGCUAUUGCAGCCAGGUAUUUCAUAUCAUCAUUGUGCAUAAUCGCGCUCUUCGUUCCAUCGCAGGUGCCAUCAAAAGCUUCAAGCCUUGUGUCAAAGCUACGCCUGCCUCCAUUAUAGGUAGUGGUGACGGGGGAAACGUUUAGUUCGAGACCUUGUCGGGAACCUUCUUGCCUG